CAAAAAGAGAGCAAAAAGAAAUCAUUUCACAUUAGUUCAAUAUAUAUCAAUAUUGAAUAUCUGAUUGAAAACCAGUCGUGGCAACAUAUUUUCGCUUGACGCUACUUAUUCGUUCUUUUGUUAUUUGAUCGUAAUGUCUUCCCGAGUAUUACGUAAACUGAAGAAAGAUUCUGAAAAUUCACUUGAUGACAAUAAUAAUUUUAGUGAUAAUGACGAUCCCAUCACCGGAGGUUCUGUUUUCUCCGAAUUCAGCAAUUGUUUUUCCCCACAGUUGAUAACCAUUCCUUCCUCUGAUGAGAAUCCUCAUGAUCAUUGUGAAUCUUUUAAAUCCAAAAAGCGGAAAAAGAAAAAAAAUAAGCAAAAGGACAAAACUGGGAUAACCUACCAAUUAGAUAAUAUAAAACUUUCAAAUGACCCAGGGAUUGCUGAUCAAAAUAAACAAGUGAUAGAUUUGCUCAAAGUAAAUAUCAAGAUGCUAGAUCAUGUUGGAGAACUUAGUCGUUUGUUUGGGUCAGAAGUUAUCGGUGGGUCCGAAACUUACUUACGAAGAAAACGAAGUCGCGUCAAACGUGGUAUGCUUGUAUCGAUAAAGUCCACUUGGCCACCUACUGUUCGAAUUGGCUUGAGUAUGGAACCUUUAGGUUGUGGUUUAUAUACUUUCGUACACAGUAAAGAAUAUCAAAAUAUCCAGAGGUCAUUUUACAAUGCUUUAGAAUCCAUGGAUCCAAAUAAUUUGAGUAGUAUAUUAUAUGAAAAUCCUUAUCACAUAGAUUCUUUACUACAGUUGAGCGAAAUAAUGAUGCACCAGGAAGAUACAACUGUAGGUACUGAUCUUCUGGAACGCGCACUCCAUGCUUUCCAAUCAGCUUUUCAUCCAUCCUUUAAUCCAUUCAACGGUUCUUGUCGUCUAGACUUUAAGCGUCAAGUCAAUCGUGGUUUGUUUGUAGCACUUUUCCGCUAUAUCUUGAAAAUUAGUGAACGGGGCUGUCAUCGAAGUGCACUGGAAUAUUGCAAAUUAUUGUUAAGUCUUGAUUAUGAAGAUGAUCCUUUGACAGUCCUACUCAUGAUAGAUCGUUAUGCUAUUUACUCCAGGCAGUAUAGUUUCCUAAUUGAUUUGUAUGAUAGCCUAAAUGGUUCGCGCAACUUGUACUUGCUUCCCAAUUUUGGUUUAUCUAUACCAUUGGCUCGUAAGUUAAUUGGUGAAGAUCCAGAGAAAUGUGAUGGAAACAAGAUGAGUGUGGAUGAAUCUUUGCAAGAUGCUUUAAUCAUGUUUCCCGGAUUUGUGUCGCGCUUACUCAAACAUACAAGUAUCGGGGGUAUUACAAAUCUUGAAAAAUCUAUCCUUUUUGGAAAAGAAGUUCUAUUGAGCGAAUCAGAUAGUCUUGGUUGUUUACUAAGUCUAUAUGUCGCUCGCAUGCAUCCUCUUUGGUCCUCACCCAACGUCCUUCCGUGGCUGGAAAAAAAUAUUGCGACUGUUUUAACUUUGGUUGAACCUAAACAAUUGGAUCUUUCUAAGUCUAAUACUAUUGAUCCACGUCUUUCUGAAUAUUCCAAAAGGUGAUAACUAUUUUAGUAAUAUUUGCUUUAAUUAUAUUAAUUUUAAUUACCAUCCCCAUAUAUCUUCCAUGCCAUGCAAUUCUGUUAAUUUUUUCAUAACUUCACCGUUCCAACUAUGUUAGGGUAAUUAAUAACAAUUGUUUAUGGCGUCAAACAUGUAUAUAAUCUUUCUAGCGUGACAUCAGUAAGAAUACAAAAAGUCUUACUGAGUCGUGUUUUUCAUAUUCCAUAACGUAACAGGUGAACGGAAGGUUUUCUAGUAUUCAACAUGAUAACAGCAAAACUUUAUCUUUAACAGAGAAGGAAAUACACUUGCUCAAAUUAAAACGCAAUAAACUUUCACAACGGUAGGAAGUGUACAUCAGCUGUCUAUAAAAAUCCCGCCUACUAGGACAGGAAACGAAACAUUUAAGUUGAUAUCACACGAAUUGACUGAAUUGUUCAUUGUUUUUUAUUUAAGUCAGAUUCAUAUAAAGGGUACUGCCACCAUUGUUUUUCCAAAACUGAGGUUAGCAGAGCAAAGUUCAUACUUGAAAAUUCGUGAUUAAAAGUCGUAACCUCUGUUCACUGAUCUUCAAAUAAGUGGUCACACUUUAUGGGUUAGGGUCGAGUAUGAGAUUCAUGCUUUAGUUUAUGUUUGUUGUUUUCCUUGAGCCGAUACAUUUAUCCCAGACGUGGUAUGUAAAAACACUAACCUAUUAGUGGAUAUUGAGGAUCCACCUAGGGGAGUUGAAAAACCCUGAUUCCAAACCAAUGGUACACGUGGGUUCCAGUAUCCUGAAGGAACCAAUUAUUGGUCACUGGCUACCAUGGAAUUGCAUCUCUUGACGUUGCUCCAUUGCCUUAUGGACCAGACCUUUAGGUCGAAGGCUCUGUGUGUGGCCCCCUAAGAAAACCACC